UACAAGUACUCUCAACUCAAAUUUGACCUCGUAACAUCGCCGAGCAUUACUAGUCUAAUAAAAAGGGCAGCUAGACAGUCUAACUAACAAGUAGUAAGAUUAUAAUGUCUUCAGAGGACCAAGAAGCCCUCCUCAAUCAGAUCAGCCAGCUUGCAGGCCAGAUCAACAGGCAUAAGAACGGUCAGGUAUCAGGACAGCAGGAUCAGCUUCAGCACGGUUAUGGAGGAUAUCCCCAAGCAAGCACAGGAUGGGGAGGUGGUCGCGGUAGCUACAGAGGAUCGCGAGGAUCCAGAGGUUAUUACAGAGGCGGCAGACACAAUCACCUACAUCGACACAAAAGCCUUGUGUUGAACGCAAGCAGCGCUCCUUCUACAUCAACCAACGAGAACAAUAAUCUUCCUGCGGCUGUUGACAAUAACGCCUGGAUCUCCAAGACUGAUCGUGGUCAUCGCCAGAUCGUCAGUGCCACCGUGUUUGAGAAAGAGACUCGUCAUAGAGUCAAGUCGAUGGAGGAGUUGAGAUUACAGAAACUGAAGAGGAGGGACCAACUAGAACGGGCCAAGCUUGAGAAAAACAUCAAAGCAGAGAAAACUCGCGAGGUAAAUGUAGGGGGAGGCGUGUUCCGCGUGAGCGAGACUGGUGGAAAGCUGGAGAAGAUAUCUGGUACUGGACCCAAGAUGGCGAUAGUUUCAGGGAUCAAAUUCUACCGGAGCAAAAACGGAAACAUGUACCGCGAUACUUCCAUCAAAAUCCAGGGGAAAUCGAAGAAAACCACCAAGCUAUGCAAAGCAUUCAAUCUUACGGGUAUUCCCUUAUUCUUUCGACUCUGCCAUUACGCUCCCAUUGCGGAGGAGCGUCCCGGGUUUCAGCUGACACUUCUUCUUUUAGGUUCAUGCUCUUUAGCAGAUUGCCCAUUCGUUCAUGAUCCUUCAAAGGUCGCAGUUUGCAGAGACUUUCUUCAAAAGGGGUCCUGUCCAAGUGGAGAUUUCUGUGACCUUUCACAUGAACUAACCCCCGAGAGAACUCCAAUUUGCCUGCACUUCGCCAGAGGAAACUGCUCUAAUGACAACUGUCGUUACACCCAUGUUAGAGUCUCGCCAUCUGCGCUCGUCUGUCGAUCAUUCGGCAUCUAUGGCUACUGCGAGAACGGCGCAAGCUGCACAGACAGACAUGUCAACGAGUGCCCUGACUUUAGCAAUACAGGUACAUGCACCACCGAGGGAUGUAAAUUGCUCCACCGACAAAAGGCUAGUGUGAUGCGUAGCAACACCGAUCCAAACAAACAGUCAGACAGCAUGAUUCAUGAUGUUUCCAGUGACGAAGAAGGAGUUGGAAGCGAUGUUGAUUCUGAUGGACUCGAGGAAUUCCUCGGCGACGAGGAGGGAGAGAUCGAUGAAGACAUUCCCAAACAACAGGAUUUCGUUCCCAUCAUAUGAUGGGCUACAAACAAGGAACCUGACCUCUAGCCCAUGCUAGAAAGUACUUCCUCUACUUCAUUUCCUUGGAUUUCUAGCCCUCUUUGUAGAGGUGCUUACGAUGGAUAGAAUACUUUGGUUUUGGUGUGGAGGAUGCGAUAUACCCGGACAAGAGUCCAUUGCUAGGAGCGAAAGCUCUGAUUGCUAUCAUUGAUGUAUAGAAUAGAAAGAAAAAAGCGAGCAUACAAGCAUUACAUAAGAAGAAGAAAAAAUAAUUACUGAAUCUCC